ACGUGACAGGCAGCGGCUGGGGGCUCUAUCCCACGCAGAGGACAGGGCCCCUGAAGCCCCUUACCCCAGUCCCAAACGGCUGAAGCCUCCAGGGGCUACCAGAGCAGGUGUGGGCCGGGAGACCUCUCCUGCCCUCCCAGGAUGGACCCCUUCGCAGACACGCUGCAGCGGCUGCGGGAGGCCUUCGGCUCGGGGCGCACACGGCCGGCUGAGUUCCGGGCUGCCCAGCUGAAGGGCCUGAGCCGCUUCCUGCAAGAGAACAAGCAGCUUCUGCAGGAGGCGCUGGCGCAGGACCUGCACAAGUCCGCCUUCGAGUCAGAGGUGUCUGAAAUCAGCAUCAGCCAGAACGAGAUUAACUCGGCCCUUAGGAACCUGCGGGCCUGGAUGAAGGAUGAGAAAGUGCCCAAGAACCUGGCCACGCAGCUGGACUCGGCCUUCAUCCGGAAGGAGCCCUUCGGCCUGGUGCUCAUCAUCGCCCCCUGGAACUACCCUCUGAACCUGAGCCUAGAGCCCCUGGUGGGCGCCCUCGCAGCAGGGAACUGCGUGCUGCUGAAGCCCUCAGAGAUCAGCAAGAGCACUGAGAAGGUCCUGGCCGAGGUGCUGCCCCGAUACCUGGACCAGAGCUGCUUCGCCGUGGUGCUGGGCGGGCCCCAGGAGACCGGGCAGCUACUGGAGCACAAGUUCGACUACAUCUUCUUCACAGACCCUGCCACGAGCCCAGGACAAGGCCUGCCAGCCGCCACCUUAACAGACAAGGAGGGCAACUGUGGGAGCAGAGGGGCCAGGGUCCUCUGCUGCUCCUACAGAUUCCCAGGGGGUGGGAGCACCAGGAGGAGGAAGCCGGGGGGGUGCCUGACCACCCUCCACCAUCACACCCCGAAGCUCGGUGGACUCUGGGCCCCGGCCCCCCAGGACCGAGGGUGCAGAGGCAAGGCAGGCAGACCCCCGGAGGCCAGCUUCUACGCCAGGUCCCCGAGGCAGUCUGUGCAGAGGCCGAUGGACCGCCAGAAGCUACUCCGCCAUAAUCUCCUGACUUCUCCAGGCCUCAGCUUCCUUAUUGGGAGUCCCCGAGUCGGCAAGAUCGUCAUGGCUGCUGCCGCCAAGCACCUGACGCCCGUCACGCUGGAGCUGGGGGGCAAGAACCCCUGCUACGUGGACGACAACUGCGACCCCCAGACCGUGGCCAACCGCGUGGCCUUCUUCCGCUAUUUCAACUCCGGCCAGACCUGCGUGGCCCCCGACUAUAUCCUGUGCAGCCCCGAAAUGCAGGCUCGACUGCUGCCCGCCCUGCAGAGCGCCAUCACCCGUUUCUAUGGCGAAGACCCCCAGAGCUCCCCAGACCUGGGCCGCAUCAUCAGUGAGAAGAAUUUCCAGCGGCUCCGGGGCCUGCUGAGCUGUGGCCGAGUGGCCAUCGGGGGCCAGAGUGAUGAAAGCGAUCGCUACAUCGCUCCCACGGUGCUGGUGGACGUGCAGGAGACGGAGCCGGUGAUGCAGGAGGAGAUCUUUGGGCCCAUCCUGCCCAUCAUGAACGUGGGGAGCCUGGACGAGGCCAUCGACUUCAUCAACCGUCGGGAGAAGCCCCUGGCCCUGUACACCUUCUCCAACAGCAACCAGGUGGUCAAGCGGGUACUGGCCCAGACCAGCAGUGGGGGCUUCUGUGGGAACGACGGCUUCAUGCACAUGACUGUCGCCAGCCUGCCUUUCGGAGGAGUGGGCGCCAGUGGGAUGGGCAGCUACCACGGCAAGUUCUCCUUCGACACCUUCUCCCACCACCGCGCCUGCCUGCUGCGCCGCCCUGGGCUGGAGAAGGUCUACGCUCUCCGCUACCCGCCCCACACUCCCCGCAACCUGAGUGUGCUGCUCAUGGCGAUGGAGACCCGCAGCUGCAGCUGCGCCCUGCUCUGAGCCAACCCACGCACAGGGGCUCCGAGCAUCCCUCCCAGCUCAUGUCUACGCGUCCUCCGCUGCCGUGGCCACCUGAGGCUGGUGGAGACACGACCUGGGGUCCACGACACAGGAGGAAAACACCUGCCGGGGCCACGGCCCAGACCAGUGCUUGCCCUCCUCCCUCCUGGGGCUUCUCUUUUCAGGCCCUAAGCUGCCCCCCAGCCAGGAUGGGCCAAGGUUUGGGAGCAUGGGAAACAGUGCAGUAACCUGCUCUCCCGCUCCCACGCUGGCCACCUGUGUUCCGGGAGACGAGGGCAGAUGUGGGCACCUCUCAGGACCCCCCUUUCUGUGGAGGGUGCAGAAGGGGUCCUGGCAUCUAGUCCAUGACACACUGCGGGCCUGCUGUGACCUGGGUCGUCCCUGCCCUCUCUGAGCCUGGUUCCCUAUCUGUUGCACAGAGGAGGUGAUUAACACCUCCUGAGAUCACCGUGAGGAUUAAAUUUUGGAGCUUAAUUGCCGA